UGGUCCCCCAUGUUGCUCCUCGGAGAUUCUGUGAUGAGUGAAUUUCGAGCAGUGUUCUGAGGGACUGCACCCUCACAAGUUUCUCAUGGUUCUGCAGGGCGUGACCAUUGUACACAUCACCAGCAGUUUGUAUAAACAGCAGAAUCUCUCCAUUGACAGCUAGGUGCUGGAUAUCCUGACAGCACGCAGUCCCAGCUCACAGACCAGUCCCAGUACAAUGAUCAGUCCCAGCACAAUGAUCAGUCCCAGCACAAUGAUCAGUCCAAGCACAGUGAUCAGUCCCAGCACAAUGAUCGGUCCCAGCACAGAGAUCGGUCCCAGCACAGAGAUCAGUCCCAGCACAGAGAUCUGAGAUCAAUCCCAGCACAGAGAUCGGUCCCAGCACAGAGAUCAGUCCCAGCACAGAGAUCUGAGAUCAAUCCCAGCACAAUGAUCAGUCCCAGCACAGAGAUCGGUCCCAGCACAGUGAUCAGUCCCAGCACAGAGAUCAGUCCCAGCACAGAGAUCGGUCCCAGCACAGAGAUCGGUCCCAGCACAGAGAUCAGUCCCAGCACAGAGAUCUGAGAUCAAUCCCAGCACAAUGAUCAGUCCCAGCACAGAGAUUGGUCCCAGCACAGAGAUCGGUCCCAGCACAGAGAUCAGCCCCAGCACAGAGAUCUGAGAUCAAUCCCAGCACAUUGAUCAGUCCCAGCACAGAGAUCUGAGAUCAAUCCCAGCACAAUGAUCAGUCCCAGCACAAUGAUCAGUCCCAGCACAGUGAUCAGUCCCAGUACAAUGAUCAGUGCCAGCACAGAGAUCAGUCCCAGCACAAUGAUCAGUCCCAGUAAAGAGAUCAGUCCCAGCACAGAGAUCAGUCCCAGCACAAUGAUCAGUCCCAGCACAGUGAUCAGUCCCAGCACAAUGAUCAGUCCCAGCACAGAAAUCAGUCCCAGCACAGAGAUCAGUCCCAGCACAGAGAUCAGUCCCAGCACAAUGAUCAGUCCCAGCACAAUGAUCAGUCCCAGCACAGAGAUCAGUCCCAGUACAACGAUCAGUCCCAGCACAGAGAUCAGUCCCAGUACAAUGAUCCAUCCCAGCACAGUGAUCAGUCCCAGUACAAUGAUCAGUCCCAGCACACAGAUCAGUCCCAGUACAACGAUCAGUCCCAGCACAGUGAUCAGUCCCAGCACAGUGAUCAGUCCCAGUACAAUGAUCAGUCCCAGCACAGUGAUCGGUCCCAGCACAGAGAUCAGUCCCAGCACAAUGAUCAGUCCCAGCACAGUGAUCGGUCCCAGUACAGUGAUCAGUCCCAGCACAAUGAUCAGUCCCAGCACAGUGAUCAGUCCCAGCACAGAGAUCAGUCCCAGCACAGUGAUCAGUCCCAGCACAAUGAUCAGUCCCAGCACAGAGAUCAGUCCCAGCACAAUGAUCAGUCCCAGCACAGAGAUCAGUCCCAGCACAAUGAUCAGUCCCAGCACAGAGAUCAGUCCCAGCACAAUGAUCAGUCCCAGCACAGAGAUCAGUCCCAGCACAAUGAUCAGUCCCAGCACAGAGAUCAGUCCCAGCACAAUGAUCAGUCCCAGCACAGUGAUCAGUCCCAGCACAGUGAUCAGUCCCAGUACAAUGAUCAGUCCCAGCACAAUGAUCAGUCCCAGUACAAUGAUCGGUCCCAGCACAAUGAUCAGUCCCAGCACAAUGAUCAGUCCCAGUACAAUGAUCAGUCCCAGCACAAUGAUCAGUCCCAGUACAAUGAUCGGUCCCAGCACAGUGAUCAGUCCCAGUACAAUGAUCAGUCCCAGCACAGAGAUCAGUCCCAGCACAGUGAUCAGUCCCAGCACAGAGAUUAGUCCCAGCACAGUGAUCAGUCCCAGCACAGUGAUCAGUCCCAGCACAGUGAUCAGUCCCAGCACAGAGAUCAGUCCCAGCACAGAGAUCAGUCCCAGCACAGGGAGGAUGAGCUCAUCGUGCAGCAACUAUUUAGAUUUAUCUGAGCCCCUGUGUGUAUUUCCCGUGAUGACAGAGCGCUCCGCGGCGCUUCGAAGGAGAAACGAAAAUGUUUGCCUUCCAGUCGCAUACAGGGGGUAUUGCCUGGGCUCUGCCCUUUCACGAGGGUGAUGCUAGGGGUAUUUCUCUCUCAGAAGUUUGUGUAGGUUUGGAACUCUCUGCCUGUGAGGCAGGUGGAGUCAGGGUCAUUAAAUGUGUUUCAGGGGGAGCUGGAUAGAUUCUUGAUGGGCAGAAGAAUCAAAGAUAACCAGCAGGCAGUGGAAAUGUCAAAUUUCAACCACACGGAGAUCAGCCAGGAGCUUAGCAUGGCAGUGCAGAUUCGAUGGGCCGAAUGGUCUACUUCUGCUCCCAACUUGUUCGUGUUAGCUCAGACAUCCCAACCGUUUGGUCAAUGACAUAGGGAGUAAGGAGCACCUUAAAAUGAAGAGACUAAAAGAUUGCAGUGCAGAGCUUAGAUAGAGUAAUCAAAACGUGUGGUGCUGGAAAAGCACAGCCAGUCAGGCAGCAUCCGAGCAGCAACUCUGACUCUCUCCAACAUCUGCUGUCCUCACUUUGUCUAAGACAGAGGAAUGCAGAGCUUGGCAACCAAUGGGAAUGUAGCCAGAAAUAAAGGAUCUGUCCAAGGACUUGGGUUACG